CAUGUACGGCCCACUGAAGAACAAGCGCAGCAUCCAUCUCAUCUGGGGCCUGCAGCUCCUGGGGCUGCCGCUGCUAUAUGCAGCCAACCAGAUCCAUCCUGUUGCCUUGGCUGUGGUGCUGAUUCCAAUGUGCAUCAAGAGCAUCAAUUACAUCAUGUACCGGGCUUCUGCUGCCCAAAGGAGAGGGAGGAGCAUUUGGGCUCAGCCGAGCCCCUGUCACCUGCUGACCCAAGAGGAAUAUCAAAUGCAGGGCAAGGUGGAGACACGCAGGGCACUAGAGGAGCUUCAAAAGUGCUGCCAAAGCCCAGAGGUCAAUGUCCAGGCUAUAAGGAGACGCCUCCGCUCUCCAGAGAGCUUUGCUGCCUUUCUGCGUGGUGCCUCUCACCUCACUCGCUACGAGGUCAUUCGCCAUGAGCAGGAGUACGGCCGUGGCAGCAGCUUCCUUGAGGAGCAGCACUUAGGAGGAGAAAUCCAAGCACAGCAAUCAGGUUUCACUCCCCUGUUGAUGCUUUUUCCUGACUGUUGAGGAGCCCCUGGUUCUCUGCUCUUUCAUCCCUGUAGUUUGUUACAGACUGUUUGUAGUUUUAAUAAAGAUUUGGUUUGGUAGCUCA